AUGGAAGGCUUAAUCCCAUUUCUCCUCCAUGCCAUGAAGAAACAAAGGCCUCAACAUUCUUACCGGUCCCUCUCCGAGAACUCCACCCGCAGCUACCACCUGCUCAUGGCAGCCGGAGAGUCGGUCGAGGGCUCAUCUCACCGGAGAACACGAUCGGAGUUUCAGCCACCGAGCAUCAAUUUCCUAGAGCAGCGAUCGGGCUUGGAAUACUUUUCCCACACGAAAAGUUUCAGCAAAGGUUACAAGUCCUCUCCUUCUAAUGUUGAUAAUGGCUUGAGGCAUAGGGAUCCUAUUUCUACCACUAAUUUCAAGAAGUAA